CGAGAGCGAGAGGCUGCUAGGAGUACCGCAUGCGCAGUAUGGCCGCUAACGCACAAGCAGCAGACUUGGAAUCCGGCAGUAGCAGCCCUAUAUGUGACGUUUCCCGCUGUCAUCAUAGCAGUGCGCGCUCGGUGCGAGUUCUGAGCCGCCGGCAUGUUCGUUGCUCGCAGUAUUGCUGCCGAUCACAAGGAUCUGAUCCACGAUGUCUCAUUUGAUUUCCAUGGCAGAAGAAUGGCGACUUGCUCUAGCGACCAGAGUGUGAAAGUUUGGGACAAAAGUGAGACUGGUGAUUGGCAUUGUACUGCAAGCUGGAAGACACACAGUGGAUCUGUAUGGCGUGUAACUUGGGCUCAUCCAGAGUUUGGGCAGGUAUUAGCCUCAUGCUCUUUUGACAGAACAGCUGCUGUAUGGGAAGAAAUAGUGGGGGAAUCAAAUGACAGACCUCGAGGACAGAGUCACUGGGUUAAGAGGACUACACUUGUGGACAGCAGAACAUCUGUCACUGAUGUCAAAUUUGCCCCCAAACACAUGGGCUUAAUGUUGGCCACCUGUUCUGCAGAUGGUGUGGUAAGAGUGUAUGAGGCCCCCGAUGUCAUGAACCUCAGCCAGUGGUCUCUGCAGCAUGAAAUAUCCUGCAAGUUGAGCUGCAGUUGCAUUUCUUGGAAUCCUUCCAGUUCACGAGCUCAUUCUCCUACUAUAGCUGUGGGUAGUGAUGAUACCAGCCCUAAUAUAAUGGGUAAAGUUCAGAUCUACGAGUAUAAUGAAAACACAAGAAAAUAUGUCAAAGCGGAAACAUUUAUGACUGUCACGGAUCCUGUUCAUGACAUUUCCUUUGCUCCAAACUUGGGCAGAUCCUUCCAUAUCCUGGCUGUAGCUAGUAAAGAUGUCAGAAUUUUUACCAUGAAGCCUUUAAGGAAAGAAUUAACCUCUUCGGGGGGUGUAACAAAAUUUGAAAUUCACACAGUGGCGCAAUUUGAUAAUCACAACUCGCAAGUGUGGCGAGUAAGUUGGAACAUUACAGGAACUGUUCUGGCAUCUUCAGGUGACGAUGGAAGCGUUCGACUGUGGAAAGCCAACUACAUGGACAAUUGGAAAUGCACUGGUGUGCUCAAGGGAGAUGGGAAUCCCGUGAAUUCCAGCCAGCAAGGUUUCCUUGUGUCUUCUAUUGGAUCCACCAAUCAGAGUUUGCCUAAUUCUAUUAAUGGAUCGUCUUCUGGCAGAUAUUUCAUUCCCCAUUUGGAGAACACAAGGACUGGAUCAAGGUGGUCCAGUUAUGCCCAUUUUAUUCCUUCACCUUCUCUGAUGGCGAACCCUUGUGAGGCCAACCCAACAAACCCUCCGUGUUCCAGCCAGCGCAGGCGAUACAAUCCCCCACCUCUUAAACCUUUACCUGAAUAUCAAUGAAUGUAAAUGCAGAUAACCUUCGCAUUUCAUUUUGUGGGGGAGGGGGGGGGGGCACAAUCUAUGUAUAAUAUAGUGUGUACUGUGUUUGUUUUAUUUUUAAACAGCUCCUCACCUCAAUCCGUCUGGUUUGUCGGAAAGGGGGCCACACUUCCGACAGAAACACGCCGAUCCAGGUGUUUUCCGACAAGUUGGGAAUUCCCAACUUGUUUGAGAAAAAAUGCAUUUUUUUUAAUAGGUCGGAACCUCUUUCCGACCAAAAUCUGUUGGAAGCUGCCGUCUUUCCGACAAGACGGCAGCUUCCGACAGUUAUUGAAUAUACCCCUAUAACAUAAAAUUAAGUUUUAACAAAGUGCCUGUUAAUAUUACAAUAUUGGGAAGAGUUUAAGAAAAACGUAUUCUAAUGUAAUUCUGUUUUAUUUGAUCAUAACUGGUUAUGGUAUCUGGUUGAUACAGUUAAUAGGUCGACCCCAAAUGGUUGAUAGGUUCAAAAGGUCGACAUGACAAUGGUCGACACAAUUUUUAUUUUGAACUUUUUAUCAUUUUACCAUCCACAUGGACUGCGAUUGGGAAUAAGUAACCUGUGUGUAGCGAGCGUACACAUUUCCACUAAUUUGGCUCAGAUAUCGUGAAACAUUAAAAUUACACAAAAAAACCUUGUCAACCUUUUGACCCUGUCAACCUUUUCCAUGUAGACCAUUUGGGGUUGACCUAUUGACUAUCUUUUUACUGCAGUUCUAUUGAACUACACCCACUGAUUAUUCCCUUACACGGUGCAGCAUAGUGUAUGUAGAUAUCUUAUGCUGACAAACUGAUCUGUGUACAAUGGCCCUCAUUCCGAGUUGAUCGGUCGCAAGGCGAUUUUAGCAGAGUUGCUCACGCUAAGCCUACGCCUACUGGGAGUGUAUCUUAGCUUCUUAAAAUUGCGACCGAUGUAUUCGCAUUAUUGCGAUUACAAACUACUUAGCAGUUUCAGAGUAGCUUCAGACUUACUCGGCAUCUGCGAUCAGUUCAGUGCUUGUCGUUCCUGUUUUGACGUCACAAACACACCCAGCGUUCGCCCAGACACUCCCCCGUUUCCCCGGCCAC